AUGGAGUUGAACUCUCUUUACCUUGCCGCCGGGUUGUUUGCCUGCCUGCUGCUCAUUCUCCGGCGUCCGGCCGUGUCCUCCCCCCCUGGACCUCGCGGACUACCGCUCCUCGGCUCUGCCCUCGAACUGCCGUCAAAGUUCGUCUUCCGCAAGUUCGAUGAAUGGAGCAAGCUCUACGAUGGUUGGUUCAUGCUUUCCGCUGUCGGCCAGAAGUUCCUGGUCAUCACCCGCACUGACAUUGCUGUCGAUAUCCUGGACAAGAUGAGCUUGCAGACAGCCGACAGACCAGCACUUCCAAUGGCUAUCUAUAUGCUGCGACAUAUGGCUUUCUCACUGGAUAACUAUGGUGAUCGCUGGCGACGAUGCCGGCGCUUGGCCCAUGAAAACUUCAACGUUCGCGCACUUGAACAGUACCGCGGUGUCUAUGAGCUUGCGACAGCGAAGUUACUUAGACAGCUCUCCAACAUCGAUCCAUUGAAAAUUCCAGAUGAGCUCAUGCAGUUCAGUGGAGCCUUGACCUACGAAGCUAUGUAUGGCCCUGGGUCAGGCGGAGCAAACGUCAAACAGAACAUUCACAAAGUAUGGGAAAUGCUAGAAGUGCUUGGAGAUGCAAUGUCCCCGGCCACGUUCAUCAUUAACUUGUUUCCCGUGCUUGGCAUUCUGCCGGAAAGCAUCAGUCCGUGGAAGCAGUUUGGAACCCGAUACUUCAAUGAGCACGAUAAGUUGUUAAAGGAGAUGGCUCAGCCUGGGCUCACCGGACAGAGUGAUUCGGGAUUCGUGGCCAGCUGCAUGCGUAUGCGAGACAGGACAGAGGGAAUUUCGGACGCGGAGAUCGCAUGGACAUCCUUUGCUCUCUAUGGUGCAGGCGUCGAGACUACGCCUUAUUCUCUACAUUGGUUCAUCAUGGCGAUGGUUCUGUUUCCUGAAGCAUAUCAACGGGCGCAAGACGAAGUCCGCGCGGUUGCAGGAGACAGUCCUCCGACGUUUGAACACAGGAUCAAGAUGCCGUAUGUCAUGGCAGUCAUGAAAGAAGUUCUUCGAUGGAGACCUGUGCUUCCGGCUGCCCUCCCACACAUGGCCUCAGAGGACUUCGAAUACAAGGGAUAUCGCGUCCAGAAGGGCACGUAUAUCUUUUACAAUCAAUGGAACAUGUGCCGAGAUCCAGCGGUUUACCCGGACUAUGACGUCUUUAGGCCAGAAAGAUUCUUAGCGGACCCUCCUGCUCCAGACCCUCCUGUAUUCGGUUUCGGUCGUCGAAUCUGCCCUGGUAGAAAUUUCGCUCGAGAUCUGUUGUUUUUGGCUAUAUCGAACUUGUUAUGGGCCUAUCAUUUCGAGAAAGCCACAGAUGCAGACGGUAAAACGAUUACCCCUUCACCUGAAGAUAUCGACGGGAACAUCCUUUUGCAUCCUAAGCCAUUCCAGUUCGUCAUGACACCUCAACGAGAGAUUCCCAAGUGA